AGGGCAGGUUUUGAGGUGGCUGAAGGCGCGCAAAUUUGCGCGCGGCGGGCGUGAAAGCCUGGAUUUGGCCAUGGCAUUGCUGUGUGGCCUUGGGCAAGUCACUCUCAGUCUCUGGGUCCCACUUCCUUCCCAAUCCGAAAACGGGAUAGGGUUCCUCUCAGCUGGGGGCAUUCCUGAGGAGCGGCGGCAUGGAGGCUCUUACCACUCAGCUGGGGCCAGGGCGCGAGGGCAGCUCCUCGCCCAACUCCAAGCAAGAGUUGCAGCCCUACUCUGGCUCCAGCGCCCUUAAACCCAACCAGGUGGGCGAGACGUCGUUGUACGGGGUACCUAUCGUGUCUCUGGUCAUCGACGGGCAGGAGCGCCUGUGCCUAGCUCAGAUCUCGAACACCCUGCUCAAGAACUAUAGCUACAAUGAGAUCCACAACCGCCGCGUGGCCCUGGGCAUCACGUGUGUGCAGUGCACGCCGGUGCAGCUGGAGAUUCUGCGUCGGGCCGGGGCUAUGCCCAUCUCCUCACGGCGCUGCGGCAUGAUCACGAAGCGUGAGGCCGAACGCCUGUGCAAAUCUUUCCUGGGUGAGCACAAACCACCCAAACUGCCCGAGAACUUCGCCUUCGAUGUGGUACACGAGUGCGCUUGGGGCUCGCGGGGCAGUUUCAUCCCUGCGCGUUACAACAGCUCGCGUGCCAAGUGCAUUAAGUGUGGCUACUGCAGCAUGUACUUUUCACCCAACAAGUUCAUCUUCCACUCCCAUCGCACACCCGACGCCAAGUACACUCAGCCGGACGCCGCCAACUUCAACUCGUGGCGUCGUCACCUCAAACUCAGUGACAAGUCGGCCACAGACGAACUGAGCCACGCUUGGGAGGACGUCAAGGCCAUGUUUAAUGGCGGCACGCGCAAGCGGACCUUCUCGCUGCAGGGAGGCGGCGGAGGUGGCGCUAAUGGCGGGUCGGGUGGGCAGGGGAAGGGUGGCUCUGGUGGCGGUGGCGGUGGAGGCCCAGGGUGCGGAGCAGAGAUGGCCCCGGGCCCACCACCUCACAAAAGCCUGCGUUGCGGUGAAGAUGAGGCGGUUGGGCCUCCGGGGCCACCUCCACCGCAUCCGCAGCGCGGACUUGGUCUGGCGGCGGGAGCUAGUGGCCCUGCGGGCCCUGGAGGACCUGGGGGCGGCGCGGGAGUACGAAGCUACCCAGUGAUCCCGGUGCCCAGCAAAGGCUUCGGCCUCUUGCAAAAGCUGCCCCCGCCUCUUUUCCCGCAUCCUUACGGUUUCCCCACAGCCUUCGGUCUAUGUCCCAAAAAGGACGACCCGGUGUUGGUCGCGGGGGAGCCCAAGGGCGGCCCUGGCACUGGGAGCGGUGGAGGCGCGGGCACCGGCGCGGGUGCCGGAGGCCCGGGAGCCGGCCACUUGCCCCCGGGAGCAGGACCCGGCCCGGGUGGCGGAGCUAUGUUCUGGGGGCAUCAACCAUCCGGAGCAGCCAAGGACGCAGCGGCUGUAGCUGCAGCAGCGGCCGCUGCCACUGUGUACCCGACGUUCCCGGUGUUCUGGCCAGCUGCAGGGAGCCUCCCGGUGCCGCCUUACCCCGCUGCGCAGACCCAGGCCAAGGCCGUUGCGGCCGCGGUAGCUGCUGCAGCAGCUGCGGCAGCGGCGGCGGCUGGCGGCGGCGGCCCGGAGCUCUUGGAUGGUGCGGAGCCAGCCAAGGAGGGCAGCCUUGCCACGGAGGAGCGCUGUCCCAGCGCUCUAUCCCGCGGGCCCCUGGAAGAGGACGGCGCGGACGAGGCGCUGCCACAGUCCCUGGCCCCCUUGCCUCCUCCUCCUCCGCCGCCGCCAACCCGCAAAGGCUCCUACGUGUCAGCCUUCCGGCCGGUAGUCAAAGACGCGGAGAGCAUCGCCAAGCUUUACGGCAGCGCCCGGGAGGCCUACGGCGCGGGUCCUGCUCGUGCGCCAGUGCCAGGGACCGGAGGAGGCUACGUGAGCCCGGACUUUCUGAGCGAGGGCAGCUCCAGCUACCAUUCCGCCUCGCCCGACGUGGAUACCGCGGACGAGCCGGAGGUGGACGUGGAGUCCAACCGCUUCCCCGACGAUGAGGGAGCCCAGGACGAGAGGGAGCCCAAUGCACCCAGCACCGGAGGUGGCCCAGACGGCGACCAGUCCGCCGGGCCCCCAUCUGUCACCUCCUCCGGCGCAGACGGUCCCACAGACUCCCCUGGUGACGAUAGCCCUAGCCCUGGGCGCCGCCUUGGGGCACCCCCCGCCAGCCGAUCCGCAUUUGGGGACCUGUCCGCCGACGACACGGUGCGAAGAACUGCGAGGAGCUCACCCAGCAGCUGCUAUGAGCUGCGGGAGCCUUGCGGGCCCCUAGGAGGCUCCGUGACUGCCAAGGUGUAUCCACCCGAGAGGGACGAGCAGGUGAAGAGUGCGCCAGCGGCGGCGGCGGCGGCGUUGGGGUCCGCAGCACCGUACCUCUGCACCCCAGAGGCCCACGAGCCAGAUAAGGAAGACAAUCACUCGACCACCGCAGACGAUUUGGAAACCAGGAAAUCCUAUUCAGACCAAAGGAGUGUCUCCCAGCCAAGUCCCGCAAAUACAGACCGAGGUGAAGAUGGACUGACCUUGGAUGUCACAGGAACUCAACUAGUGGAGAAAGACAUUGAAAACCUGGCCAGAGAGGAACUGCAGAAACUGCUUCUAGAACAAAUGGAGCUGCGAAAGAAGCUGGAGCGAGAAUUUCAAAGUCUCAAAGAUAAUUUUCAGGAUCAAAUGAAGAGGGAAUUGGCUUAUCGGGAAGAAAUGGUGCAACAGCUGCAAAUUGUCAGAGAUACCUUGUGUAACGAACUGGACCAGGAGAGGAAGGCCCGCUAUGCUAUCCAACAGAAAUUAAAAGAAGCCCACGACGCCCUGCACCACUUCUCUUGCAAGAUGCUGACGCCUCGCCACUGCACAGGCAACUGCUCCUUCAAGCCCCCUCUGCUGCCCUAGCGCCGGCCUGGCCGCUCCCACGCGCCCUCAAGCCAUGCUGCUUCUGUAAAUACCCGCUGCCGUGGCGGCCCAGAGCGAGGAACAAGCCAUUAGGACCGACAGUUGUAAAUAGAGCUGCCCGCCCGCCGGUCCCUUCCCCGGCUAGGCUCGGUUUCCCAGUGUAAAUACCGCCUUGCCCCUCCUUUGAACUCCAGGGCAUCAGACCUCAAGGGGUUAACUGGACCCACCCGGGAAAAGAAAGGGGAGAGGGGAGAUCUCUUUCAUCCUCAACCCCAGCCCAAGUAGGGCCGAAGACCCUGAUUGUGAAUAUGAUGUAGCAACUUCGCUGGCCGCGGCCGCGGGCUCCCUGUCCCAUUCACUUUUGAAACUCUUGUUCCUAAAGACAACGUGGCUAUGUGCAAUGGAUAUAAACGGACUGUGAGUCUCUCGGUUCAGUAUUAGGUUCACUUUAUUUAUGCUGUAAGUUACUUUUCUUGUCCUGAGCCCACCUCCAGCCCCAUUUUGCAGUCCCCUUUGCUUUUUGUUGUAACCUCUUGAUGUAACAGCACUUUAAAAGGGCGACAACUGACUCACGAGAUGGCGACCACCUUGAGGGGAGACUUGAGGGGAGACCUGUACCCGUGAUUUUUGUUUUUAAUAAAAAUAAAGAAAUCUGUCACAUCCUGG